AUGGCAACGAUUUUCAUAAGAGAUCUCGAAAACCGUUACAUAACCUCACUGAAAAACUGCCUCAAAAUAACCGAACUAAAGAAGAUUCACGCUCACAUCGUCAAGCUUUCACUUUCACAAAGCAACUUUAUAGUCACAAAAAUGUUGGAUUCAUGCGACAACAUUGGCCACAUUGGUUACGCUACUUCACUCUUUCAACAACUCAUUCACCCAAAUAUCUUCUCCUACAAUGCCAUCAUCAGAACCUACACCCACAAUCGCCACCAUUCUUUAGCAAUCAAUUUCUUCAUCCGAAUGCUUACACAUUCAAGUAAAUCAGUUUUUCCAGACAAAUUCACGUUCCCUUUUGUGAUAAAAUCGUGUGCGGGGAUUCUGUGUUGCAGUCUUGGUAUGCAAGUUCAUGGGCUGGUUUUUAAAUUUGGGGUUGAUUCGGGUAAUAUAACGGGAAAUGCAUUGAUUGAUAUGUAUACGAAAUGUGGGGAUUUGGUUAAUGCGUGUAAGGUGUUUGAGGAAAUGGGUCACAGAGAUGUGAUUUCUUGCAAUAGUUUGAUAUUUGGGUAUGUGAGAUUUGGGCAGAUGAAGAGUGCAAGGGAACUGUUUGAUGAAAUGCCUGUUCGGACAAUUGUGUCUUGGACAACUAUGGUAACUGGGUAUGCUAGAACAGGUUGUUAUGCUGAGGCGUUGGGUGUUUUUCGGGAGAUGCAAAUGGUGGGUAUUGAUCCUGAUGAGAUUAGUAUUAUAGCUGUUUUGCCGGCUUGUGCACAGCUUGGAGCGCUCGAGGUUGGGAAAUGGAUUCAUAUAUAUGCUGACAAAAAUGGGUUUUCGCAGAAGAGUGAAAUAUGUAAUGCAUUGGUUGAAAUGUAUGCAAAGUGUGGUUGCAUUGACGAAGCUUGGAGUUUGUUUGAUCAGUUGGUUGAGAAGGAUGUGAUUUCUUGGAGUACCAUGAUUGGAGGGCUAGCUAAUCAUGGAAAAGGUUAUGCGGCAAUUCAACUCUUUGAAGAAAUGCAGAAGGCGAGAGUUGCUCCUAAUGAGAUAACCUUUCUUAGUGUUUUGUUGGCUUGCUCUCAUGUAGGCUUGUGGGACGAGGGGUUGAAAUACUUUGAUGUUAUGAGGGCGGAUUAUCGAAUAGAACCAGAAAUUGAGCACUAUGGGUGCCUUGUGGAUCUUCUUGGACGCUCAGGACGACUUGGUCAGGCUCUUGACACAAUAUUGAAGAUGCCAAUAAACCCGGAUUCAAGGAUAUGGAACUCUUUGUUAAGCUCGUGUAGGAUUCAUCGCAAUCUUGAGAUUGCUAUCAUUGCAAUGCAACAGCUCCUGGAGCUUGAGCCAGAGGAAUCUGGGAACUAUGUUUUGCUCGCAAACAUAUAUGCAGAACUUGGCAUGUGGGAAGAUGUAUCAAAUAUUAGGAAACUCAUAAGAAACAAGAGGAUAAAGAAAACCCCGGGGAGUAGUUCGAUUGAGGUUAACAAUGUGGUUCAAGAAUUUGUAUCGGCCGACGACUCAAAGCCAUUUUCACAAGAGGUCUUUCGGAUUCUAGCGGAGCUGGCUUUACACCAAACUAGAACCAGUGACUUGAUGGAACUUGCCGAAGAAGAUUCUGAUACAAGCUCGCCGUAA